CAUCCUUCUUCACCCUCCAUUCCCAAUUAACCAAGCCAAAAAGAAGAAGAAGAAAAUGGGUUCCCUCCCUCACAUAGUAGAAGAUUGCUUGGGCGUCCUCCAAGUCUUUAGCGACGGUUCGAUCAACCGUUGCUCUUUAACGGACAUAAACUUCAACAUUCCGGUCAUUGAUGACGGCUCCGUGGGCUUCAAAGACAUCACUUUCGACAAAACACACAGACUUUCCCUUCGUUUAUACAAACCCAAAUCGACAAACCAAGAUUCCAAGCUCCCCGUGGUGUUCUACUUCCACGGUGGCGGCUUCUGUGUUGGCUCACACGUGUGGCCAAACUGCCACAAUUGCUGCAUCCGCCUGUCGUCGGGGCUCCAGGCCCUUGUGGUAUCUCCCGACUAUAGGCUCGCUCCAGAGCACAAGCUUCCGGCCGCGAUUGACGAUGCAGUGAGUGCAGUGGAGUGGCUGCAAAGGGAGGCUUCGGGAGAGAGCACGAAUAACUGUGAUGCAUGGAUUCGUGGUACAGCUGACUUCGACCGGGUUUUUGUAUUGGGUGACUCUUCAGGUGGGAAUAUGGCUCACCACCUGGCGGUUCGGUUCGCGACGGGGUCGAUCAAGCCGGCUCCGAUUAGGGUACGCGGGUUUGUGCUGCUGGCGCCAUUUUUUGGUGGGGCGGAAAGGACAAAGUCAGAGGAAGGUCCUUGUGAGGUAUUGUUGAGUUUGGAAAUACUUGACAGGUUUUGGAGGCUUUCGAUGCCAGUAGGAGAAACCAGAGACCAUCCAAUGGUCAACCCAUUUGGACCAAACAGUCCAAACCUUGAGAAGGUGGCCCUUGAUCCCAUCUUGGUUAUCGUGGGUGGCAAUGAACUGUUGAAAGAUAGGGUGGAGAGCUACUGGAGAAAGUUAAAAGAUUUGGGAAAGAAAAUUGAGUAUGUCGAAUUUGAAGGAGAGCAACAUGGUUUUUUAACUAAUGAUCCAUACUCAGAAGUCUCAAAUGAAGCUUUGCAAAUUAUUAAAAGAUUUAUGACCGAAAACUCCAACUGAUUAAGGCACCAUCUGUAUGCAUGCAUGUGAUAUUGUUGGAAGUGUUUCCAGCUCUUUAAUUUAUUCUGAAGUGUUUGAGCUUGUAUGUUUGUAUGCAAGAAUUUGUAGGUGUAGCUAGCAACUUGCUUUUUCUGAAUAUGAGCAAGCAAUAAGUAUUAAUAUUUAUCAUGAAAAGUUGUAUGUAUGUAUGUAUUUAUGUUUUAUGUUGUAUGUUAUGGGAGUAAAUAAUGAGUAAUAAUUCCCUGUAGAGACUGGUACGAUUCAAUUCAACACUUUGUUCGUUAGGGUUUGAUUGUGUCGUAGCUCUAUGAUUGGGAUUAGGUUUAUCGUUGGAUGAACUGCAUUGCUAAUAUUGACCCUAAAAA